UUCUUCUACUUUCUUUGCAGCUUUAUCCUGAUUUACAAGGCAUAAAAAAAGUAAAGUAUGAAGAAGACAAGUAGCUUCUUAUAAUUUAUUGUGUUCCGAUCUGGCUUUGUUAAGUUUGGUUAAAAGAGUGACCAAAAUCUUUAUACAAAGCUUUAGAAUGUCAACUUUGGAGGUUUGCUUGUCAUUAUCAUAAUGGGAUACGUUUUUGAAGUCUUAACACUCACUCUCUUAAGCGCAAAAAGGUUUCAAAACCAUAAGCAAUCAUCACCAUUCACCAACCGAAGACCCUGCAUUUUCACUCAUUGUUUCAUAUGUUUUCUCCAUAUCAGUAAGGUGAGUAUUCUUGAAUCAUAAACACUACUCCUUUAUCCUCCAAAACCUGUCUUUUUUUUCCUAACCCUUUCUUUCUCACUACAUAGUCUCUUGCUUAAAGAAAUUAGUUUUCUCAUGAAGAUAAAAAUUAGCAAGAAAGGUGUACUUUUUACCAGAAUCACAUAAAGAUAAAGUUUGGUUUUUUGGUAUUGUCAUCUUCUUGACAUGUCCAGUUCACUUACAUUCGCGAGAAGAAAUGGUAAUAUCGUUCACCCAAAUCCUCUUCUUCCUCCUCCUCCUGCUCCACCAUUUUCAAUCCCUUCUAAUAGUGUUAAUGGACAAGUAGUACGGCCAAUAUCACCAACCCCAUCUUCCUUAUCUCUAAGCAAAAUCAGCCCAAUUCUUCUUUUGGUCAUUAUACUUUUAACUGCUAUCUUCUUCAUUUCUGGUCUGGUCCACCUGCUUCUAAGAUUUCUCAUGAAAAGACCAUCUUCACCAAUCUUUCAAUCUAGUGGGUACCCAGAAAACUCUAGCUCUCAUGUUCUUCAAAGACAGCUCAGGCAACUCUUUCGGUUACAUGACUCAGGUCUAGACCAAGCCAUUAUAGAUGCCUUACCUGUUUUCUACUACAAAGAAAUCAUGGGCUCAAAGGAGCCAUUUGAUUGUGCUGUUUGCCUAUGUGAGUUUUCUGACCAAGAUGAGCUGAGGUUACUUCCUCCAUGUGGCCAUGCUUUUCACAUCCACUGUAUUGAUACAUGGCUUCUCUCAAACUCAACAUGUCCACUUUGUAGAAGGACCCUUUUCAGAUCCGACCUUUUUAUGGAAAAUCCAAUGUGGAACUUUGAUGAUUCUUUUGAAAUGUCAAAUGGGCUCCGAAGUGAUAAUGGAGAGAAUAGGCAUUCAAGCAACCAGGAAAGUAUUAGUGGGAAGAGAGUGUUUUCAGUGAGACUUGGUAAAUAUAGAAGUGCUGGAGUGGGAGAGACCAGUGGUAGUAGUAGCUGUAACUUGGAUGCUAGAAGAUGUUACUCCAUGGGAACAUUUCAGUAUGUGGUUGGUGACUCGAAUUUGCAAGUGGUGAAGCUUGUCAAGGAGGGUGUUCAUCGUGGGAAAUUUUCGAUCAAUGGAGAUUUGGAGGGUAAGAAAAUCAGUAGCAGGCAAAAGGGCGAUAGCUUCUCUGUCUCAAAGAUCUGGCUAUGGUCCAAGAACAGCAGAUUCCCAAGCUGUUCUGACACUGAUAUCAGUAUGCCAACCUCUCUCAAUGUAAAGGAAAGGAAAAGCUUGGCUAGCCUUGAGUGGAGAGCUUGGGCGAUGUGAUGUACAUACAGGGCCGCUUGACCGCCACGGUCGAGGAGUUCUCAGAGGGACUAGGGGUUUACCCUAUUUUUGGCGCUUAGGCCGGCGGAGUUUGUAAAUUGAAACUGUAGCGACUCUUUUGUAAUAUGAACUACAUGUAAACAUUUUGAAAGGCUCAUGAGAAGUUUAUUUUCUUAAUGA